UUAAUCUUUGUCCUGCUUUGUCCGCGCGCGAGACGUAUUACAAACGUGAGUGAUUUUUUUCCUCAACGUGCAAAAAUAUUCUACCAUUAACGCUAAAUGGUAGAAUACUUUUGCACAUUUCUGUGAUCAAGUGAAGUGAUAAUUUUUUUACAUUGCAACUAUUAUUUUACCUAAAUAAAUAUGGGCAAUAAAAAUCAAAAAGUUGAGGAGACUGCCUCCUCCUCGGUCCAGAUUUAAAGUGAUACAGUUAUUAUCGAUGUAAAUCAGUUACACAUUAACCAAUUAGACUUAUUCCAUCGCAUCAUCGAGAUUGUCGAUGAAAUCGGGUGACCUCACACAAGUGCAUAAAUAGUGCGUAAAUAGAAUUGCAUUUAAUCACCUCAAUUUCAAUGAGGCGAUGGAAAAAGAAGAAGAGGAAGAGGAAGUGGAGGAAGAAGAAGAGGUCGAAGAGGAGAACAUCCUGGAGAAUCUAGAGGAUCCUUUUUCUUUUCCCCCUCUGGAAUCUGCGGAGGAGAUAUCAUUUGAAGGAGAAUUAUUUGAAAUAAUAAAUUUUAAACUUAAUUUUAUCUAUCUCCUUAGCGCCCUGAUAAUCGGGCAGGAGAAGGAGAAGGAAUAACAAUUCAGCGGAGGAGAGUGAGAUGGAAGGUGUGGAGAAGUGCCGCGACGCAUUUUGGGGUGGACAUGGGAUCCGCGGCUGCGGCAGCGGCAACGGCGGCAGCGGCGACUGUGGUAGCAGCGGCGGCGGCGGUGAUGGCGGUGGUUCACAACGCAUUUGGAUGCGGAGUCCGCGGCGGCAACGGCGGGAUGUAUCACGUACAUUAAGACAAACUGUUAUGUUGUGCUCCUCAUAAGGAAAAAAAUCCUAUUUUGUUUAAUAUAAUAAUACUAUAUUGUAUUAAUUAAAGGAAAUAAUUUAUGUUUGUUGAUUAUUAUAAUAAUAUUAUAUUGUGUUAAUUAAAGAAGAUAAUUUAUGUUUGUUCAUGUUGUAUAAUAAUAAUAUGUUCUUAUUGUAUAAUAAAAAAUAAUAAUAUGUUAAGCCAGUGAAAGAUGUGUAUUAUAUAUGUGUAUAUAGUUGUUAAUCAUUUAAUAUGUAAUUAAAAACUAUAAUAAGUAAUUAAAAAUAAUUUCAUUAA